AUGCCGAAUCUUCGCCUCCUUUUCUUCUCUUUCUUCCUCGUCUUCUUCUCAGUUCAUUCCCAAGAAGACACUCCCAUCGCUCGAUUUCGUCGUUACCUUCAGUUCAAAACCGCUCAUCCUGAUCCUAACUACGCCGACCCUGUCUCUUUCCUCAUAUCCCAAGCAAACGCCAUAGGCCUCCAAUCCCGAACCUUUGAAUUCGUCCCAUCUAAACCAGUUCUUCUCCUAACAUGGUCUGGCUCCGACCCUUCUCUUCCUUCGGUUCUCUUCAAUUCCCACCUCGACUCCGUCCCAGCCAGACCUUCCAAAUGGAUCCACCCCCCUUUCGCCGCCACCCUCACCCCCGACGGUCGAAUCUACGCCCGCGGUGCUCAAGAUGACAAGGGCAUCGCUAUGCAAUACUUGGAAGCCAUUCGCAACCUCAAGGCUAAAGGGUUUACUCCUUUGCGAACUGUUCAUAUUUCUUACGUUCCUGAUGAAGAAAUCGGAGGGAUUGAUGGGUGUGACAAAUUUGUCAACUCCAAGGAGUUUGAGGAUUUGAAUGUUGGGUUCGUUUUGGAUGAAGGCCAGGCUUCUACUGGUGAUGAGUAUAGAGUGUUUUAUGCUGAUAGGCCAGAAUGUAUGAUAAUGGAGCAAUGGAGAAUCUGA